AUGUCAAAAACCUAUCCUGCUCUCGUUGGAGUGGUACAGCGCAACAAUUCAUAUAAUGUCGAUGGUCUGUAUGGUAAUCUGGCUGCCACAAAAGCUAUUCAAGAACACGUCAUCAAUAAUAUUCAAAGCGAUUGCUCUGAAAUUGCUGGAGACUUGGGAAUGUCGUACAUUUAUGCCGGCAAGCUUGAUGGGAUAAAACGCCAAGAUAUGGGUAUAUCUGUUACAGAUCCUACCAAACCAAAUCAGCAGAAUUCUCGGACAUUGCGCUUGAACAAUACACCUGGCACUGGUUAUGAUGUUUCAUUGAAUUGGACAAAGGGAACCCAUUGCACAAAUCUUGAGUUCUUCGAUUGGGUUGUUGAGGUAAUUGGAGCACUACCUAUUGUGAAUGCACAGCUGGGUAUACAACCCACUUUCUCCUUUACCUUUUUAAUAUCUGCUUACUUGAAUGGUAUAGCUGGACACAACCGAAUAUCCGGCUCGAUCCACUCCGUAAUUCCUAAUCCUCAAAGCUUUGGAAGGAAUAGCAAGCCAACCUCUCGUAGUCUAUUUGUCACAGUCGUCGCAAGCAGCAGUAUGUCAAGUACUGCCACAGACAGUCAAAGUUGGGGUGUAAACGCUGGAGUUGAAGUGGGCGACAAAUAUGGAGUAAAGGGCACCUGGGAGGCCAAUUUGAAGGCAAACUUCAAUGGAAAAUUUUCCAGUACAUCGACCCACUUAGCAUUCACUACUUAUACCUCCAUUACAUUUGCACAGCUUACACUCCCUGCCAAUCGCGUAAAUUGUGUCCAUCAGAUGGUUUUCGAUCAAAGAACUUCGUUGCCAUAUACAGCCAAAGUUAAGGUUGUUCCGAGAUUGAGAUUUCAAAACGAAUAUACAAUCUAUGGGGAUGGGGGGAGUUACGACUCAAGCCCCUAUACAGCAGCUCGGAAGCCUGCCUUCAAACGAUCAGACAGAGUUUGUGAGUACAUCGAGUUCAUUUGUUGCAUGCUUUCUAAUUUUGAUGUCCAAUGUUUACCAUUAUGUCUAAGCAAAGACCAGCAAAGUACCUUUGAGUUCAGAAGAACUGAUGAGACCCGGGACGAUGCAAGAGCUAACGCGGAUCCUUGGGAGUGGAAACUGGCUAUGGAGUGCACCGGUUACCUCGAAUACUACCUUGAUGAUCUUACCACAGCAUCAAAUUAUGAAGUCUACGUCAAAGGCAAAUGGGAAGGCAUCACUGGCAAGUAUGCAGUCACUACUGUGACGUCUAAGAAUACGAUGACGACUUUACUUCCUCCCUCCUAA